AUGGCGGACGGGUUCGCGUACGCUCUGCGCGUCGAGCUCGGAGAGAACGACGUGCCGCGGCUGAAGAACAAGCUGGUGAAGUACUUCCAGAGCAAGAAGUCCCGCGGCGGCGAGUGCGAGGUGGAGCACGAGAGCGGCGCGAGGACGGCGCUGCUGCGCUUCCUGCGCGAGGAGGACCAGCUGAACGUCUUGGGGAAAGAGACGCAUCAGAUCGACGUGGGGAAAGGCGUUCUGAACGUGACAGUUCACCUGCUGACGGAAGCGACAAAGCAGCAGGUAACUCCGCCUGACGAACUCAACAAGGAAUCGGAUGCUGCUGUGAUCAACGAGCAACCGAGGGCCAAUGACCACGCACCUGCAGGCCAGAAGCAAGCAGGCGAAGAGCUGUGCUCCACUUCUGCCGUUGUAGGCAACAUACCAGAGACCACAAACGAGGAGUUUUUGAACAUGCUGGUGGUGAACGUUUUAAAAAAAGAUGGAGACUCUUCCUCUGCCCCCUUCACUCUGGAACUCAUCCGUGACAUUUCCUCUGCUGUGGUGACUUUCAAGAGUGAAAAAGAAAACACAGAUUUUGUGAUGAGAUGCCCCAAGAACCGGAUUUUCACAAAUAAGGGACUAUCCGUCCGGCCUCUUGAGGUCCCUGAUCAAGUUGUAGUUGACAACAUACAACAUAUCGAUGAAGAUUACCUCCGCCUUUAUUUCGGGAAUGAAGGAGCAGCCGUGGAAGAUAUUGCUCUGAAUGCCGCAGAACAUUCUGCCAUCAUCACCUUUGAGGACGUUAAAGACGUUCGUGAAGUCAUGAAGAAGAAGCACACCGUCAAGGGCGAAGAGAUCAGGGUUCAUCCUUUUUAUAAGUCUCUGGGAACAGCUCUCUACGGAAAAGAUAGGCCCUCCCUAAAACUGCCUGAUGCUGUCUCGGAGUCCAUUGACCCCGUCGUCUGGAGAUACCUAAAUGACCAUCAACCGGCUGCAGAGAGCAUUCGCAGUCAGAUGGCAAAAGACUUCUGCAGCGUAAACCUCGAGCAGCCCAAUGUCUGCUUGCGAGCCUUACCGUCGCUACUAAAGCACAAAGAUGUGGAAGACAUCGGCAAAAAGUGGAGCGAUACUGUAAAGUCGGCCUUUGCGCAAGCUCUGUCGAAAUUCAAAUCCCUGACGCUUGAGCCGGAAUCUGAGGCCUGGGGGGAGUCCGUGGAGAAGAUCAGAGAGACUCUACUGAGGGAAGAUAUGGUUUUUGUGUCGGAACAAGCCACCGGUGUCGUAACAGUCGCCGGCCUUGCGGCUGACGUUGACAGACUGCAGCCCGUUCUUUACGAAGUCGUAAACAAGAUUGCCAAAAGGGUGCAGAGGGAGAAAUUUAGCGAGACGAAAGAGUUCAAAAUGUUUCCAUCAAUCCACCACCUCCUAAGUCAAGACGGUCUUCAGGGAAUGCUGCUACAGAUGUACCCAGAUCUCAAAAUAUCUUUUAGCAAAGACUGUGCGCUUUUGAAAGUGACUGGCUUGAAGGACGAGAUCUUUGAGGCAAGCCAACCUAUCUAUAAUGCAAUGCUUGCCCUGAAGCGUCAGAAUUUAGAACUGGAUAAGUACGUGCUCGACAUGUUGAAGGAUGAAGAACAAGAGGAGCUGACAUAUGCUCUACUCACAUCCAAUAGAAUAAAUGCAGCACUUGAGAUUAAUCCUCAGAGGGUGCAGCUCGUUGCGUCUUCCGACAGAGAUCUCAAUGAUGCCGAAGUCCACCUGAAGAGGCUGCUAAUAUCUCAAAACGUUGAGGUUGAAGACAGCAAUGUACUGGUGAUGCCAGAGUGGCAGGACCUGGUCAGUCGGCUGGAGGAUGGCAACAGUGGGUCGUACAGAAGAAUUCGAAUCCACACCACUGGGCAACAAGUCGUGGUGUCCGGUCACAAGGACAGUGUCGAAGCAGUUUGCGGUCAACUUGCUGACUUCCUAACGCAGAAUGCUCAAGUUGAAGAAACCGUUGUAGUACGGGCCAGCACCAUAGUGGAUUACAUUGAAAAGACCGACAAGUCUUGGUUGGAUUCAGUACCCAACAGAGUGAUGGUGUCCUACAAAAAAAACGCCAUUUGUCUAAGUGGUCCCAGGGUUGAUGUGGCAGAGUGCAAGGCCUUGGUCGACGACCGCGUUUCUUCUGUUUACUUUGACAUUCUGAAAAUCACCAUGCCUGGAGCCAACAAGUGCUUCAAAGAUCGAGGCACUCUGUUUGUUGCCACAAUCAAGAAUGAAACGGACUGCAUGGUGCAGCAGGUAGACGAGACGGGUGGUGGUCAGGCGCUUUUGGCCCAAAGACAAGGACCGGCGCCAGUGUAUCAGCUUCAGACACUCGAUGGAGUGGAAAUAGCCGUCUGCAAGGCAGAUAUGUGCAGCUACCCAGUGCAAGCAGUUAUCAAUGCCUCGAAUCCGACCUUGCACCAUAAUGGAGGUCUCGCGGCGGCACUUCUAAACGCUGCCGGCCCCCAGUUUCAGGCUGAAUGUGACAAACUCAUUCAUUCAAAAGGAAAACUCAAAGCCGGAGACUGUGUGAUAACUGGAGCCGGUGGGCAGCUAUGCUGCACAAAGGUCAUCCAUGCCGUGGGGCCCCAGUUUGAUAAAGCUCAACCCAAGAAGCCUGUGGCGCAGUUAAAAAGGGCUGUUAAAGGAAGCUUGGAGCUCGCAGAAAAGCACGGCUGCCUCUCCGUGGCUCUGCCUGCCGUCAGCAGUAACCAAGGCUUCCCCCUCGACUUGUGCGCGCAAACCAUCGUCAAAGCGGUGAAGGAACACUGUGAUGAGUUCGGUGACAACACGCUGAAGAAGAUCCAUCUGGUGAACAACGACGAUCGCACUGUUCAGGCCAUGGAGGCGGCGGUCAGAAAGGAGUUUGGGAAUCAAGGCGUCAGUCUUUCUCCACAAACCCCCCCCACCAAGACUCCCAAGUUUCCCCUUCUGACGCUUGCUGCAUCUGACCCAAACUGCUUGGGUCAAGUGCGGACCAAAGAGGGCUUGGCCAUUACUCUCACUACAGGAAAUAUCGAGAAAGCAAAGACGGAUGUGAUCGUCAACACCGUGGCUGAAGAUCUCGCAUUGAACAAAGGCGCGGUUUCCCAAGCCAUUUUAAGUGAGGCCGGAUCCAAACUCCAGCUGUUGAUACAGUCCAGUGCAAUUGAUGGGAGUGGAAGCAUCGGCGAGGUCAUUGCCACUGACGCCUGCAAGCUGAAGAGCAAGAAAGUCUUUCAUGCAGUUGCACCUACAUGGGACAAGGGGAAAGGGGCUGCUGAAAAGCUCUUGACUGGUAUUUUCAAGGAUUGCCUGGCCAUGGCAGAGGACAGCGGCAUGACCUCGAUAGCCUUCCCCGCCAUCGGCACCGGAAACCUUGGUUUCCCUAAAGAUAUUGCAGCAUCACUGAUGUUGGAUGAAAUCUUGACAUUUAGCAGUAACAAGCAAUCCACGCACUUGAAGAAGGUGGUGAUCAUCCUUUACCCACAAGAUGCACAGACUAUCCAGAAUUUCAGUGAUGCAUUCACAAAGAAGUUCCAAAACGCCUCAGUGCCAAAGAGUUCUCCACAAAGUCAAGGGCCUCAAGGUCCCUUCACUAAAGUAGUGUCGACCUCAGGGAUGCAUGAGACCCAAAUGGGAAGUGUGACUGUGCAGGUGGUCACUGGAGACAUCACCAAGGAGACCUCUGAUGUUGUCGUCAACUCGUCCAAUGCUGCAUUCUCUCUUAAGUCAGGAGUGUCCAAGGCCAUUCUGGACGCAGCGGGUCCGGCUGUUGAAGUGGAAUGCACAAACCUUGGUGCCCAGCCCAACCAAGGCAUUAUAAUAACCCAGCCAGGCAACCUCAAGUGUAAGAAGAUCCUCCAUCUGUGUGGACAGACUGACCCAAUAAAAAUCAAAGCGGUCGUGAAAGACGCCCUGCAAAUGUGCGUGACCGACUCGUACACGUCCGUCUCCUUUCCUGCCAUCGGCACAGGUCAAGGCAACGUAAAGGCGAAGCAGGUGGCGGACGCCAUGUUGGACGGAGUGAUCGAUGUGUUGAGCCAAAACCCUUCCGGCCCCCUGAACACAGUUCGCAUAGUUAUUUUCCAGCCGGCCAUGCUGAAAGACUUCUACAACAGUAUGCAGCAAAGAGAAGCCUCUGACCCGAAAGACAAGGUUGGGUUCUUGGGAAACGUCUACUCCAAACUCAAAUCAAUAUUUAUUGGCGGAGCCAGUGGGGACAAGCCAUCGAGAGAAGUGGACUUUGUCAUCGAGGGUCUGGAAGCGGAACCCGUUUCCUUCCACAUCUGCGGCAAGUCGCAGGCGAGCGUGGACACGGCCAAGCAGCGGCUCCAUGUCCUGAUGACGCAAGACCAGCAUAGCUGCCACAUUGAUGACAACUCCAUCCUCAGCUUCUCCAACGCGGACAACCAGCGCAUCGUGGACAUCCAGAAGACCCUGAACGUGACCAUAAAGACCGAGAACAAGAACGGCAAGGCCUCGCUGACCAUCAGCGGGCUCAGCAAGGACGUGCUCAAAGCCAACCAAGAGAUCUACACCAUGCUGAAGGUGACCCGAGAGAAGGAGGAGCUGAUGGAGAAAGCGGAGCGCGCGGGCGUCCUGGUGGAAUGGCAGUACCAGCCGCAGGGGCUCGAGUUUCAGAGUUUUGAUUUAAUGACCAACUACAAGCUCGAGGAAGCUUUGGGAAAUAAUCAUACGAGCGUCAAAGUUUCAGUCCAGGGUCAAGACUACACGGUCGCCUUGCCGAAGGGACCUGCCACCGACAACCAGGGCCAAACCCUGCAGAUAAAGCGCAUCGACAAACUCAAAGACGAAGACAUGCCUGAACACUGGGAUGCGAUGCCGGCUGGCACCUCGUGUCAGGCCGUGCCCAUCAAGGCCGGGACGGCGGAGCACACCGAAGUCCUCAACUUGUUCCAGGCCACGUGCAAGCAAACCACCAUUAAGAUUGAGAGGAUCCAGAACCCCGUGUUGUGGAAGAGCUUACAGAUCAAGAAGCGCGACAUGGAGCAGAGAAACAACCACAGCAACAACGAGAGGCGCCUCUUCCACGGCACCUGCCACGACACGUUGGACCACAUCAACGAGUACGGCUUCAACAGGAGCUACGCAGGAAAGAACGCUACUUGUUACGGCAACGGAACCUACUUUGCAGUCGGCGCCAGCUACUCGGCCAGCGACACCUACUCCAGGCCCAACCAGAGCGGGGAGAAGUGCGUGUACCUCUGUCGAGUGCUGACGGGGGACUUCACCAUUGGGAAGGCAGGCAUGAUCGUACCGCCGGCCAAGAGCGCCGUCUCCACUCAGAAGUACGACAGCGUCGUGGACAGAAUGGGCAAUCCCAACUUGUUUGUCAUCUUCCACGACAGCCAGGCGUAUCCGGAAUAUUUGAUCACUUUUAAGUGACACGGCCGUGCGCUUAAAGGAGAAAAGGCAUUCAAAGCCCGUCACGGCCUUCCAACGCUAAAAAACUGUGCUUUUCUUCAUUGUAUUUGGGUUAGUUCAUAAUAAUAAUCCCAGUCCUUUCCUGGUUUUACGAGCUACCUGUAAAGAUUAAUGUCAGUACAUUUAGUGCUUUCAAAUAAUCUGUUGUGUUACAGAAUAAUUAUGCAACAAUCAGUCGAAGAAGAUGAGAGAAUUAGAGGGUUUUACAAAUAUAUUUUUGCCUAUGUUAUGCCCUUAUUAUGUCACUGAGCACUGCACACUGUUUGUCGAGAGGGGGGUGGAGGGGAGGAAAGAACCUGUCCUGUGCCAGGAUAUUGUCGGUUGUUUAGAUCAGGUUGCCAAUCACUUUUGGUUUUGAAGGGGAAAGUGAAAGUUAACUCCUGUUCCAGUAAACAGGUUUGGACAAAUAAAAGUUAUUUCAAGCACACUAAUGUGUCAUUGCUGAUU